AAACACAAGAUGGGUCUUCCAACAAAGUCCAAAGCUCAAAGUUCAGAACAAGUUUCUUCAACGGUUCCAGACAUCAUCAUCACCAUCGCUUUCAUCUCAAUUCCAUCACAAUUCCCUUUGAUUAAUGUUUAUAAGCAUAGUAUUUCUACAAGAACCAAGGCCGUGCAUCAUGAUAUAUAGACAUGGUUUCUGGAUUUCAGCUUUUUGCACGUAGUGAACGACAGCUGGCUUCACCUCUAGAUAAGCUGCUUCGAAGAUCCUUGAGGGUUAAGUCGCUAAAAUCAAUCAAGUCAGUCCAUGGAUUCAUCACCACAAUGGGAUCAAACUUACCCCAAAGUGCAUUUUUCCACAAUAAACUUAUCUCUGUUUACACAUCCCUGGGUUAUAUAUCUGUUGCACGCAAAGUGUUUGAUGAAAUGCCUCAUAAGAAUGUUGUCUCUUACAACACCAUGAUUAGUACAUACAGUCGUGAUGAGAAUAUAGAACAAGCUUGGAGUUUGUUUUCCGAGAUGAGAAAUUUUGGGUUCUUUCCGACCCAGUUCACUUAUGGUAGUCUGUUUUCGUGCAAUUCGUUAAACGUUGUUCAAGGACUUUAUAUGCAAGCAGUGGCCAUGAAGAGCGGGUUUCUCUUUGCUGAUUCGUUUGUAGGAACAGCUUCGUUGGGUUUCUUUGGUAGGCAAGGUUGCAUUAAUGGAGCAUUCAAGGUGUUCGAUGAAAUGCCUUUCAAGAAUCUAGUGACAUAUAAUGCAAUGAUAUCUUUGUUUGGACACGAGGGAUUUGUACAUGAAUGUAUGCUGAUGUUUCGUGAGCUCUUGAAGUCCCAUAUAUCAUUAUCUGAACCUUCAUUCGUGGGUGUUUUAUCUGGAUUUCGAUCCGAGGAGGACCUAGAUUCAGGUGAACAACUCCAUGGGCUUGUUAUUAAGUUCGGGUUGUUAAGCAAAGUGUCAGUCGCCAAUUCUCUUGUUAACAUGUAUGGGAAGUGUGCAGGCACAUAUUUAACGGAGAAAAUGUUUAGGUUAGUACCCAACCGAGACUUGGUGACAUGGAAUACAGUUAUCGGGGCGUUGGCCAAUGGGAAAGAACCUAUAAAAGCAAUAGAAUUCUUCUGUAGAAUGUAUAUUGACGGUUUUCUCCCAAACCGGACCACAUUUUUGAGUGCCAUCACCUCAUGUACACGGUUAAGUAAUCUAACUUAUGGAGAAUUUAUCCAUGCAAAGAUAAUCAAGAACCGAUAUGAAAACGACGGUUUUGUUCGUAGUUCGUUGGUUAACUUCUAUGCUAAAUGUAACAGAUUAGAUAGUGCUCACUGCUGUUUUGAUGAAAUUCUAGACAAGAAUUUGGUUUGUUGGAAUGCUUUACUUCAUGGAUAUUCGAAUAGAAGCUGUUCAACUUCUGUGUUGCUUCUGCAGGAAAUGAUACACUCGGGUACGUCUCCAAAUGAAUUUUCUUUCUCUAGUGUUAUAAAGACGCUUUUACCCUUGGAGUUAAAGCAGAUUCAUUCUUUGGUCUUGAAAAUGGGCAACCACUUAAGCGGGUAUGUAAGUAGUGCGCUCAUGACCGCAUACGCCAAAAACGGUUUAACAACGGAUGCAUUAAGUCUUUUUUAUGAUGAUAAACUUCCAUAUACUGUUGUUCACUUGAAUAUUAUUGCCGGGAUGUAUAACCGAAAUGGCAUGUACCAUGAAGCUCAGGAAUUGUUUUGUGAAGUAGAAGAUCCCGAUAUCGUAUCAUGGAACAUCUUGAUUGCAGCGUGUUCCCGAAAUGGAGACUACAAAGAAGCGUUUGAACUUUUCCAACAUAUGCAGAUGGACCGCAUCACACCUGAUAGUUACACAUAUGUUAGCCUGUUAAGUAUUUGCACCAACUUAUGUAACCUUGUUUUUGGAAGUUUGCUUCAUUCCCUCAUGAUAAAAUCCGAUUUCAGCCGGUGUGACAUAAUGGUUCGCAAUGUAAUGAUAGACAUGUACGGGAAAUGUGGGAGUCUGUUGAGCGCGGUUAAGGUGUUUGAUGAAAUGCUUGAAAGAAAUGUCAUAUCAUGGACAGCUCUUGUUUCGGCUCUUGGGUUACACGGUCAUGGAAAAGAGGCACUACAACGGUUUAAACAAAUGGAGAUAGAUGGUAUUCAACCCGACAAGGUUGCUUUUAUAGCUGUUCUUUCUGCGUGUCGACAUGGUGGGUUAGUAAAAGAUGGGAUGGAAAUGUUUGAGAAAAUGAAAGAAAAAUACGCGAUUGAGCCAGAAAUGGAACAUUAUCUUCUUGUUGUCGACUUAAUGGCUAGAUAUGGCGAUCUAAAGGAAGCCGAAAAGUUGAUUUCGGGGAUGCCUUUUACACCAAAUGCCAGCAUAUGGCGUAGCUUCCUUGAUGGUUGUAAUAGACAAAGAAACAUAGAGCAUCUCUCCCUCCAAAUCCAGGCAUGUUGAUCACAACAAAGUAUAUAUAAUCUUUUACUUGUAGUUAACCGUUUCAAUCAUCGGUUUUUGAAAUUGAAGACAUUUAUAAUCAAUUGAUUGAUUGGCACAAGCUUAGGUCUAUGUAGAUGGUGGUGGUUCUGAACAUAAAAAAAUGUAUGAAAUAAAUGUAGCAAAAUAAACGAGUUGAGUUGGAAUUUGGAUAACA